AUUUAAAGAAAAAGAACAUAGCGUACUAUUUUUAUUGGUUCGAAGAAUAUGCUUCUAUGAUAGAUAUGUUCAUGUUUAUAUUAUUAGAUCUUUGGGUAUUGCAAUCACAAUAAAACGAAUAGAGGAAUUCAUAGCCUCACACAUACAAAAACUAACCUGUGCAAUUAUAUAAUUUAAUGAAAUUAAGUAUUUGAUAGUUUGUUAUAUAUUAAUGAAAUAAAAUUUGAAAAAUAACAAAGGGUAACUUAACAUGAAACACAAAGAAAGUACCUACGUAUGAAUAAACAGGCAACAAUACGUAUUGUAUUUCGUCGCUGUUUACAAAUGAGGAAUAUCUUCCACUGUUAGAAGAUGUAUAGAAAAAGAAACAGGUAUAGAAUAUGCAGCUAAAAUCAUAGAUAUUAGUAAUGAAACUAAUGAGGAUGGACAUACUAUGAAAGAUGCUACAUUACAAGAAGUACAUAUUCUACGUAGAGUAGCUGGUCAUCCUUAUAUUAUUGAACUACAUGAUGUCUUUGAGUCCAGUACAUUCAUAUUUUUAAUAUUUGAAAUUUGUAAGAAUGGAGAAUUGUUUGACUACCUCACAUCUGUUGUUACUCUUUCUGAGAAAAAGACAAGAUAUAUCAUGAGACAAGUUUUUGAGGGAGUUCAACAUGUACAUAAUCAAGGAAUAGUGCACAGAGAUUUGAAACCAGAGAAUAUAUUACUUGAUGAUAAUUUAAAUGUAAAAAUAACUGACUUUGGGUUUGCUAGAAUGUUGAAAACAGGAGAUAAAUUAUAUGAUCUUUGUGGUACUCCGGGGUAUUUGGCACCAGAAGUACUUAAAUGCAAUAUGUUUGAAAAUGCAGAAGGCUAUGGUCAUGAAGUUGAUGUAUGGGCCUGUGGAGUAAUUAUGUUUACAUUAUUAGUUGGUUGUCCCCCUUUUUGGCAUAGAAAACAGAUGGUCAUGCUUAGGAAUAUUAUGGAGGGAAAAUACUCAUUUACGUCACCAGAGUGGGCAGACAUAACAGAGGCCCCUAAAGAUCUGAUAAGAAAGCUACUAGUUGUUGAUCCCAAGAAAAGGAUUAGUAUUAAAGAUGCUCUGGAGCAUUCGUUUUUCCAUACUGUGCUGUGGGAUCAAGACAUCGCUCCUCUAAAACGUUCUCUAUCAACUAAUUCGCGACGUCUGAGUAGGAUUUCUCAGUUAGCUUUGGAAUUGAAAGCAAAAUCGUUUGACGCAAGGAAACGAUUCCAAUUAGCAAUCAUUUGUGUUCGCGCAGCAGUACGUAUUAAACGACUUCAUAUAACACCUGAGCCACUUUCAACUCAAGUGGCAUCUACUGAUCCUUACCGGAUAAAAAUUUUACGGAAGGUCAUUGAUGGUUGUGCGUUCAGAGUUUAUGGUCAUUGGGUGAAGAAAGGCGAAGGACAAAAUCGAGCUGCUCUAUUUGAAAACACGCCAAAGACGGAACUCAAGCAUCUUUAUGUUAGUAAUUUGAGCAGAUAACCAAUGCUUUUCUAAAGCAUUAUCUAGCUAAAUUGUUAAUUCUUAUAUUAGUUACAUUUACAGUAUCUAAGAAAAAUAUCCAGUACGAAAAGAUGAAAAAAUAACUUAUAAAAAAAAAGAGUGAUACGUAUAUAGUACUCUUUUUGGGUUUGAUUAUUACAUGAAUAAUUGUUUAAACUUUUUUUUUCUAGCAAUUAUAAAGUAUUCUUACAUUUUUUGUCAUCGGAUUUUUGCGAUAUCACGUGGUGAAUCUUGAAAUAUAUUCAUUGUUUUAUACGUUGUUGAAGACAAGCAUUGAUUAGAUCAUUUAGUUUAUAAAUUUGUUGCCAAGUUGAGGGGGUUUUAACGUAGUCUAAUUUAUUGUUUUGAAACAUAGUGAUGCUCAAUAAACGUAAGUUACAUCCACUAUUAAAAAAAAGUUCUAAACUGUGAACAAGUUUUUUUUUUAUUAAUAUGCUAUAAAUCAUUAGCAUCGCACCCUUGGAGUGUACUUUGUGUCUAGAUAAAGUAUUAUAUCAAAACAGUUUGUAAAACUAUUUAAAAUUCGUAAUGUGUUUCUUUACAGUAUUUUGCGCUCUUUUCAUAGCACAAUAUAAGAAAUAACUUAUUUUCAGAAUAAUUUAAUAAGUUUAACAACUUUUGCAUGUGCUAAAUAAGAAAAUAAGACUUACAACAAGUAUAUACGAAAUAUAGAUGCUGGUGCUCCUCGUACGUACAAACAUAACGCGCUAUGACCUAAAUGUAGGAAAUUUUUCGGUUCCAUGACUUUUAUGUUUGUACGUUUGUAUAAAAUAUUCUCGCUAGUGUAAAUAAAAGUCAUAUAAUUUAUUACAAAUCAGCAACACAUAAGAAGUUUGUACUAAUCUUUAUUACAAUAUAUUCUUGAUAUUUUGCCACCUCCGAUUAAUAUUAUUGGUACAAAGCUGAAAUUAAAUAAUCAAUAAUAAGUGUAAUGAGAAAAGGUCUAGUGUAAUCCAGAAAUCAUAUAAUUUUUACGAAAUUUAUCAAGAAUAUAUGUAUAGUACAAAAUUUUAAAAACUUUAUAGAAAAAUUCAACGUAUUAAGUACGUGAAAUUAUAAAUUUAUUAAAAUUUGUAUUGUUGAAGUAAUGUAUUCCAUAGUAAUAUUGUUUACUAAGUUCUGUAUGUAGAUUGUAGUAUACGUUUUAUGCAAAUUCUAGUCAUAUUUUGUACUGCUGAAUUUGUUUUAGAUUAUAAAA